AGUUAUCUAGCGGAUAGGACAUGAGACUUCGGUUCAAAUCCUGUUAAAAUAUAUUUGGAAAUAUUAAACUCUUAUCAGAUAUAAAGGAACAUGGACGAUGAUGACUUCUUCAUUUUCACGGUUUUACAAUUGUGUCUAUUGGCCUUGUUACAAAAAAGGAAUCGACAAUGGAAAUGGUUAAAUCGGAGAUGGUGGGUGAGACCCAUCAAUGUAGCUCGUCCUUUGUAUGGCGAUUAUGAGCAUCUCUUCCAAGAGUUAAGAUAUAACGACAAAGAUAUAUUUUUUCGAUAUGUAAGAAUGAGUAGAGAAACUUUUGACCUUCUACUAGAAAUGACAAAGCCUUUCUUGAUUAAAUCAAACCAUCGAGCAUUUAUUCCAGAGCAAAGGUUGACCAUAACUUUGAGAUAUUUAGCAACUGGCGAUCAAAUAUUAUCCAUUGCUUUGGCUUUCAGAUGUGGAGAGUCUACUGUUCGAAAAAUCAUUCAUGAGACUUGUCCAAUCAUUGUAAAGGUGUUGCAACCAAUUUAUCUGUGUUUACCAACCGAAGAAAAAUGGAAAAAUAUUUGCAGAGGCUUUCUGGAAAACUGGAAUUUCCCUCAUUGCGUAGGAGCAUUUGAUGGAAAGCAUGUGGAAAUACAAGCUCCGCCAAACUCUGGGAGCUUAUUCUUCAAUUACAAAAAGACCUUCAGCAUUGUACUGAUGGCUGCGUGUGAUCAUAAAUACAUGUUUACUCUAGUCGACAUAGGAUCGUAUGGUGGAAAUAGCGAUGGAGGAACUGCAAAUCUUCCUAGAAGCAACAUUAGAUUACCGUGCUUUUUUCUUGGAGAUAGUGGUUUUCCAAUCAGUACCAUUAUGAUGCGACCUUAUUCCGGAAAACUACUUGAUGAAAGGAAGAAAAUUUUUAAUUACAGAUUGUCUAGAGCAAGACGCAUCAUUGAAAAUACCUUUGGUAUUUUAUCUUCUCGAUGGAGGAUUUAUCGAAAACCUAUCAAUAUGAAUCCAAAAUACGUAGACAGCAUUGUCAUGUCGACUAUAUGUUUACAUAAUUUUAUAAAAUCUGAAGAAGAUCAUGUGGAAGUGAAUAACAGAAUAUAUUGUCCUCCAAAUUUUGUUGACUCAGAGAAUAUUACAGGCAAUACCAUACCUGGAGAAUGGCGGCGAUAUCGUGAUAACGGAUUGACAGACAUACCUUCCACUUCAGCACAUCAUGCAACUACAAUUGCUUACAAACAAAGAGAUAAACUAGCUGAUUAUUUUCUAACAUUACCUGGUGAAGUUCCCUGGCAGUACGAGUAUGUUCGAAGAGGGCUGCAUCGCGACGAUUUGUAA